CACUCGGCAGCUGGCAGAUUCCGGAGCAGCGGAACGAAAACACGGGCGCGUUCGGACAGGUGAAUGUCUCUGGAUGCCGUUCAUUUCGGAGCCCAGGUGGUCUUCUAAGUAACGCAGCCAUCACCUGACAGCCCUCCCCUCCCCUCCCCUCCCUCCGUCCCUCUAACCCCACGCCCCCUCUCCAUCCCACCAUCACCAUGGAGACCUCCAACAGCUACGUGCUGAUCCACGGGAAGAACGUCUCCCACAACGUCGCGGGAGGCCCUGCUGCUGCUGGGCCGCACAUGUCCAUCGACAAGCUCUUCCCGGCUCUCCUCGAGUGCUUCGGCAUCAUCUUGUGUGGCUACACGGCCGGCAGGGCAGACAUCAUCACACAGAGCCAGGCGAAGGGUUUGGGGAACUUUGUGUCCAAGUUUGCUCUUCCAGCCCUCCUCUUUAAGAACAUGGUGCUGUUGGACUUUGGAAACGUCAUCUGGGCCUUUCUCUGGAGUGUCCUGGUCGCUAAGGUGGCGGUGUUUGCGCUGGUUUGUGUGCUGACUCUGAUGGUGGCCAGUCCAGACUGCCGGUACAGCAAGGCGGGCUUGUACGCCAUCUUCGCCACGCAGAGCAACGACUUCGCCCUGGGGUCCCCUAUAGUGGACGCUCUGUACCGAAGCACGUACCCAGAGUACCUCCAGUACAUCUACCUGGUGGCGCCGGUCUCCCUCAUGCUGCUCAACCCCAUCGGCUUCGCUCUCUGUGAGGUGCAGCGGUGGAGGCGGGCCAGCCACUCGCACGGCACUCUCGGCAUCCUGGGAGUCGUGUUCCUGCAGGUGUUGAAGAACCCGAUCGUGUUCAUGGUGAUGGUGGGAAUCGUCUCCCACUUUGCCCUGGGCCAGCACAUCCCCGCUGUGCUCUCCCAGUUCAUAGACGGACUGGCCAACUCGUUCGGAGGGGCGGCCUUGUUUUACCUCGGACUCACCAUGGUCGGACAGCUUAGAAAACUGACCCGAGACACGGGAGUGGCGCUGAUCCUGCUCAUCACAGCCAAACUCCUGGUGAUGCCGCUGGUCUGCAAAGACAUGGUGGACAUUCUGGACGUUGGAGUGAACAGCACCAGUCGCAACCACACCAGUUUGUCCAACUUUGCUUUCCUGUACGGAGUCUUCCCAACCGCACCCAGCGUGGCCAUUUAUGCUGCGCACUACAACAUCGAGCUAGAGGUGGUGACAUCGGGGAUGGUAAUCAGCACCUUCCUGUCGGCGCCGAUCAUGUACGUGUCGGCCUGGUUAUUAACGAUCCCCCUAAUGGACCCCGCCCCCCUGGUGACGGAGCUGGAGAACGUCAGCUUCAACAUCAGCAUCGUCAGCCUCGUGGCGCUGGUCUGGACCAUCGUGGUGAUGCUGCUAAGCAGGAAAUUCAACAGACUUCCUCACCUCUUUGCCUUAAAUCUGUUCCUGGCGCAGUUUCUGGUGUGUGUCAGUAUGAUCCUGUGGAACUUCUUGGGGAAACAAGACGACAAUCUGCUGGGCAAGAUUCUCACCUUCACUCUGCUCUACGGGUCUCUGUACAGCACCUACGUUUGGACGGGUUUGAUCCCUCUCUGUCUGGCGCUGACUAACAGGGACGAUCUGCUGAGGCUCCGGCCAGGAGUCUUCAUGAUUCUGGGUUGGGGGGUUCCCUUCCUGGUGGUCGGGGCUCUUCUGAUAUCAGGAGAGCGGACUGAUACCAUAGACUCAGCUUUCUUCUAUGGCAGAGCUCAGAUCAUCAGCACCGCCGUGGUGCUCGCAGUCAGCCUGGCGCUGGGCGCCGUCUCCCUGAUGGGUCUCAGCCAGGGGGAACGGGAGCAGAGCGGCUACCAGGCCCUCAACAGGGCCGCUGUGAUGGGCAUCGGUGACGAGCUGAGGCCCCCUAGUGGUCAGGAGGAGCCACAGCAGCAGCCGCGGAUGACUACCUCUCCUGCCUGCAGCAUCACCCCAGACCUCCAGAGCUUCUCCCCUCUGCAGCCGAUGCCUGACAUGAUCGCCAGCACACAGAGGGAGCACACAAACGGCACGGGCCUCGGGGUGGCGGCGCGCGACGGACCGCAGCGCAGCUCCUCCUCCUCCUCCGAGCAGCCGCUGAACCUGCCCCCGCCCGGUCUGCAGACCACCGACGACCGACAGACCGUCAGACACGCGCUGCUCUGCCUGCUGCUGUCCGUCAGCCUGCUGGCGAACCUGUCCAGCUGUCUUUGGUGGCUGUUCAACAAGGACCCGGGGAGGCUUUACCUGGAGCUGCAGUUCUUCUGCGCCGUGGCCAACUAUGGACAGGGUUUCCUGUCCUUUGGGAUCUUCGGUCUGGACAGACACCUCAUCAUCCUGCCCUUCAAGAAGAGGUUGCUGUGGCUCUGGCAGGGCAGGGACCCGGAGGACUUGAGUCCCUCAGCUGUGCCAGAGGAGCUCAGACUCACCUGCACCCAGUUCGUCCGCUACCACAAGGACCAGUGUGUACAAGACGUAGUGCUCACAGGCAGUGUCUCUGGGGAGAGUGUGAGCGCCUCGACGGGUGAAUCCUUCCUCUGAUAAUGGCAGUAGGAGAGGGAGGACCAGAGGAGGCCUUGAGAUGCUCCUCUAGCACGCCCACCUUCAUCAGGACCCCCCAGGAGGAGCCACCCCCCCCCCUCACGAUCCCUCCUUCGCUUUGCCCCCAUCAGCAGCCCCCGUCCCAGUGAGAAGGCACGUUUGAGGCCAGCGACAUGGUGGGCUUUUCACGGCGUUCGCCUCCAGCAGGGCGGCGUGCUCCCAGGUCAUGUGAUCUGCUUCCCUUUCUGAAGGUGGGUUUGCUCUGAGCGAGCAGCUGUUUUGUGGGGCGUCGGCAUCUGGAUCCAGCCAAUGAGAGACACAAGAAGCGAGCGCUCCCUGCUCGUCCUUCUCCUGGUUCCCGAAGCCUUUUUGUUCAUUUUUAUUCAUUUUCAACAAUUUGGUUCAAAUGUUUUUUUCAGCUAAGCAGAACUUUAUCACCUUUUUGGAUAUAAAACAUUUCUAUUAUUUCAAAAAAUGAUCUGUGCACCAACAUGACAUUUUCCAUUUGCCAUCAAUCAUCAGCCUUCCAUCCUUUGUUGUUAUUAUUUAUGUGACGAGAGCAGACUGCUGCUACGCCGCGUGCUGCUCUCAGCCAAUGAGCUGCAGGGCUGCUCGCUGAGAGCCAAUAGCAAACCUCCUUGUUGCUUCUGCAUUUUUGAUAUUUUGCACGUUGCGUCUGUUCGACCAGCAGCACUGAACCUUCUGCACUGACCGGAUAUCAACAUCCUUCACGUGUCUUUGAAUUAUGCCACUUCACGGAAAUGUUAAAACCUGCGAUGACGCCGUUAUCUUUGAAAUGUUUAAUUAAGGUGUUUGUUUUGGACGGAUUGAGGUCUCAUCUCAGUGUGAGAGAACCUUCACAAGAGAGUCCUGUGAAAAUGUGCCAGUGUUGAUCACAUCACACUCGUGUUUAUUGGGACGAGUGGCCUCCUGUGCCAAUGUGAAGGUGUGUGUUUGUGUGCAUGAACAAACAUGUCGUGUGUGUGUGUGUGUGUGUGUGAGAACAGGGAUUGUGUGUGUUGUGGGUCUACAGGAUCAGUGUAACUGGAUGUUGUAACGACUGAGAGUCACAAAUAAAAUUACUGUUUGCAU